CCUGUCAUUUGUUACUUCCUUAAGUCACUUGUGUGACUUGCUAGAAUUCACCUUCUUUUACACCAUCAGUCUCUGCAUUAUUGAGCAAUAUACACCGUGUUAGCAUGGCACUCAAUCAAGGAAACGGAUCAGGGACUCCUGCUGCAAAUGAAAAGCCCAGAAAGAUAGCCCUUAUCACUGGAAUUACUGGACAGGAUGGCUCAUACUUGGCAGAGUUCCUCUUAGAAAAGGGUUAUGAGGUGCAUGGCAUUCUACGACGAUCAAGCUCUUUUAACACUGGCCGUAUUGAACAUCUGUACAAGAAUCCACAAGCACACACAGAAGGUAACAUGAAGUUGCACUACGGAGAUCUCACAGACAGUACCUGUCUGGUGAAAAUUAUUAAUGAAAUUAAACCUACAGAAAUAUAUAACUUGGGUGCACAGAGCCACGUCAAGAUCUCUUUUGACUUGGCAGAGUACACUGCGGAUGUUGACGGAGUUGGAACUUUACGUCUUCUGGAUGCUAUUAAAACCUGUGGCCUUACUAGUUCUGUGAAAUUCUACCAAGCCUCAACAAGUGAACUGUAUGGAAAGGUUCAGGAAAUACCCCAAAAAGAAACCACUCCAUUUUACCCAAGGUCACCCUAUGGCGCAGCCAAACUAUAUGCCUUCUGGAUUGUGGUAAAUUUUAGGGAGGCCUAUAACAUGUUUGCAGUAAAUGGCAUUCUCUUUAACCAUGAGAGCCCGAGGAGAGGAGCAAAUUUUGUAACAAGAAAAAUUAGCCGUUCUGUAGCUAAGAUUCACCUCGGACAGAUGGAAUGUUUUAGCCUGGGAAAUCUCGAUGCCAAACGUGAUUGGGGUCAUGCUAAGGACUAUGUUGAGGCUAUGUGGAUGAUGUUGCAAACAGAUGAGCCUGAUGAUUUUGUGAUAUCAACUGGGGAUGUCCACAGUGUCCGUGAGUUUGUGGAGAAAUCUUUUAAGCAUAUCGGGAAGACCAUUGUGUGGGAAGGAAAAAAUGAAGAUGAGGUAGGUCGAUGUGCUGAGACUGGCAAGAUCCACGUGAGAGUUGAUCACAAGUACUACAGACCUACUGAAGUGGAAUUUCUCCAAGGAGACUGCACUAAAGCAAAUCAGAAGCUGGGCUGGCAAUGCAAAGUAACAUUUGAUGAACUUGUAAAGGAAAUGGUAGAAGCCGAUAUCCAUCUAAUGAAUACCAAUCCCAAUGCCUGAGUUCUAAGAAUCCACGUGAGAACUCAUUGAGGUCUCCGAAUAUUCAAUGCCGUACAUCCUCUAAUAGUUGAAUAUACCUCACAUUUUCUGCCAUAUUAUUUAAUCAUACACAUAUUGGUAGCUUUGCACACAGAUGUUUGUGUUUUGUUUUGGGGGGUGGGGGGGGUUGUGGGCUUUUUAUUACCUCAAAUUUUAACCUGUACUUUUUUCACAGUUGUAUGAUGAGUUCUUUCGAUAAUUGUUAUAUGAGUUCUUUCUGUAAUUAAUAAAUUAAAAUUAACCUUGACAUUUUCUAA